AUGCCGGUAUUCGGACGACCGAAACGUCUCCUAAUAGGCAUCUCUACGAAAAACGCCCGCCCUCCUUCGACGAACAGCACGAUGCGCCAGCCAGACAAUGACCUUGACCGGGUGCUGGUGAUCGGGACGACAAAAGGCUCCGGCGAUGCGGUCGAAAAACCUCGGCACAAGCUUGCUGAUGAGAGGAGUGGCCAGUUCGCUCUCAUCCUCAAACCCGUACUCUGGUCUCCUGAACCGCGGAAGCGCGCGUCGAAGGUGUCGCAUAUAAGCGGGAAAGGUGAAAAGCCGGGAAACGUCAGUGGACUGAAACAAGUAGAAACGAGGGUACUCGGCUCAAUGUCCGUGCCAACCACAGGCGACACUGAAUCCAGGUCGUCUAGUCCUAGACAGCUUAGCUCAGUUCGGACCAAAGCGUUUCCUGGCAGAGAAGACGACCCUGAUAUGGCGCUGACGGCCGCGACGGCGAAAGACGGCGAUCCGGUUGGAAAACCUUGUCCGCCCUCAUCAUCAAACCCGUGCUCUGGCUUUCUGAACCGGGGGGAGCACGUCGAUGGUGUUGCGUUUAAGCGGGGAAGGAGGAAUUCUGGUCUGCUGUUCAUCUCCCGACGCUGGCUCGACGCCAAAUCUGCAGAGGAACAUCAGCAAACUGUAACAAGUAGAGGCACGGGUACUCAGCUCAAUGUCCGCGCCAACCACAGGCAACGCCGAAUCCGGUUCUUCCAGCCCUAUGCGCUAGACGAAGAGGACGACCUCGACUCGGUGCUGACAGCUGUGACGACGAAAAUCUUUGGCGAUGUGGUCGGAAAACGUCGGCAUGGACUUGCUGACGAAUGGAGUAGCCAGUUCACCCUCAUCCUCAAACCCGUACUCUGGCUUUCUAAGGAGCACAUCGAUGGCGCCGCGAUUAAGUGGAAAGGGCGGGAUUCCGGUCUAUUAUUCAUCUGGUCCUUGGGUGCUCACAUUCGACUCAAUCCGCCCAUGGCAACGCUGCCAACGCUGCAUCCGGAUAUUCUUGCCUUAGUGAUCGCGGCGAGGGAAGUCCCGGCGACGCGGUCGGAAAACCCGGAUACAGACUCACCAGCGAGAAGAGUGGCUAGCUCGUCCUUGUCAUCAAUUCCGUACUCUGGCUUUUCGAACCGCGGAGGUGCGUCGACGGAAUCGCGGAUAAGCGGGAAAGGUGGAAACCUGGUCUCCUGGUGGCCAAGCUCUCUCGUUCGGGGGCUGACGCUGACUCAACCCCAAACCUGUAAGGGAAAUCAGUGGACUGGAACAAGUAUAAACGCAGUCCUAGGUGCAAAACAACUUAGCUCAGUUCUGACUGAAACAUCUCCUGGCAGAGAGGACGACCUUGACAUGGCGCUGAUGGUUGACGAAAGUCCUUGGCGAUGUGGUCGGAAAACCUCGACGGAAUGCCGGUCUAAUGUUCGUCUCGUACUCGGGUGGUCGCAUUCGACUCAAUCUGCCCAUGCUGGAUACGCUCCCUCGUUCGUUAACCGACGCUGGCUCAACGCCAAAUCUGCAGAUGAACAUCACCGAACUGUAACAAGUAGAGACGCGGGUACUCGUCUCAAGUUGUCCGCGCGGACUACUGUCGACGCUGAAUCCGGGUCUCCUUGUCCUACGCGCGAGAAAAGUCAGUGA